AUGAACGAUUUUAACAGUGGGAAGAUGCUGAUGGACAAAAACGAAACCUGGCUCUCUAAUUUCUCCUCCGCUGCCUCCUCCUUUGUGAAAGGAGGUGGCAACUGGACAGGGAUCGGCCUCCAGGAGGUGGUCAUCGGGCUGAUACUAACCCUCAUUGACUUGAUCACGCUCCUGGGAAAUACAAUAGUCUUCAUCUGCCCGGUGGUGGAGAAGAGGCUACGCACCGUCACCUAUAUGUUUAUCAUGUCCUUGGCCAUGGCAGAUUUCCUUGUGGCUUGUCUGGUCAUGCCCUUUAGUAUCAUUUACGAGGUGACGGGGAUGUGGUUGUUCGGGAAGCUGUUCUGCAAAGUCUGGAUCUCCUUUGAUGUCAUGUUCUGCACUGCAUCCAUCGUCACGUUGUGCUUCAUUAGCCUGGACAGAUACUGCUCCGUGGUGACCCCCUACCACUAUUCAAAAAGGAUGUCCCGUGGCAGAUGCAUCGUGAUGACCUGCACGGUCUGGGUAUACUCCUCCCUCAUUUCCUUCCUUCCCGUCAUGCAAGGCUGGAACGAGAUCCCCGGGGUGGACUUCGAUGCAGGCAGAGAAUGCAUCUUUGUUACCAACUGGAUUUUUGCCAUCGUGGCUUCUGCUCUGGCAUUUUUUGUUCCCUUCAUGGUCAUGUGCAGCAUGUAUUUCUUCAUCUACCGAGCUUCACGGCUCAAGGCCACUCGUAUCAUGUCUCAGACCCUGGAGAUUCACUACCACCCCAACAGCAAGCGGCAGAACCAUCUGCAGCUGGAGAACAAGGCCACGCGGACCAUUAGCAUUAUCAUUUCAGUCUUUGUGCUGUGCUGGCUGCCGUACUUUGUCCUGAACGUGUGGCUCGCUGCCAGAGGCACUGACUCUACCAGCACGGUCUUGGUUGACACCUUCAAGAUCAUCACUUGGUUAGGGUAUUGCAAUUCCACCAUCAACCCAAUGCUCUAUGCUUUCCUGAACCGGGACUUCCAACGGGCCCUGAAGAAGCUGCUCAUUUGCAGGCAUAGGUCUCAGGUGGACAUUGGAGAAGACAUGGUUUCCAUAGCCACGUUUUCCAAGACUGCUCCAGACCUAGAAUAUAGCAUUACAGUGCCAGGGCCCAACAGUGCCCUGAAGGGCAAACCCAAGUAA